AUGUGCUGUGACUUUGCAGCUGAUUUCCCUACACCCUUUAGCUUUGUGUCCACAAACCACUUGCCAGACACAUCAUCCAUGGAAUGGGAGCGUGAUGUUGCGUGUGGUAUCGCUCGCGAAUCGGUUCCUGACGACACAUUUCAAGGGUGUAGGCCACUUGUUCGGAUUCAUGACGCCGCUCGCGAUAUUUCAACUUGUCAACGUGAAGAAAUGUGGCCCACCUGGCUGCUCGACGAGAUCGAGACUUCCCAUGAUAGAAUGCGUACCGCUGAUCCGCGUGAACUGAAUAUAUUCAGGAAAGUUUACACAGAUGCAUGCAUUGUGCGAGCACUGGCGCUGUCUCUGAACAAGUGUUAUGUUGAAGCCGUCUCUUCUCUUGAUCACGCCAUCGUCAUUGCUGGACCAUUUGGAGCCGGGCGAUUGGAACUCAUCGUAAACCUUAUCCAAAGAAUCCAAGUACACAUCCCAAGACCAUUUCACAAGAUUGACAACGCAUUUGUCGCGCCCUCGCACUUCUCCGCUACUAGUAGUCUGAAGUGUACAAUUCCUUGCCUACCAUCUCCCCCUUCCUUCAUCGCGUUUCAAUCCCCUUACUCGCGUAGCCCCUUCGUCUUGCGAAAUUAUGCAGCAGAGUGGCCUGCGUUGCAGGAACACCCUUGGAAAUCCAUUGCUUAUCUCCGUUCUGUAGCUGGUCCAGGUAGAGUCGUUCCUGUCGAAGUGGGAAGCGACUACCGCUCAGACGACUGGGAACAAAAGCUGAUGCCAUGGGACGAUUUCCUGUCUUAUCUCGACUCAGAAAGGCAACCAACCACGGAAGGCGCGUCGGAUAUACUAUAUCUGGCGCAACACAACCUCAUGAGACAAUUCCCUCUCCUCCGCGAGGACAUCGUUGUCCCUGACUAUGUUUACGCUUCAUCCGCCACACCUGCUGGCUAUCCUGGCUACAGCCCCCCUUCAAAUGAAGAGCAACUUCUGUUGAAUACAUGGUUAGGACCCAGUGGCACUGUUUCUCCUGCACAUAUCGAUCCUUAUUACAACAUAUAUGUCCAGGUUUCAGGCCGUAAGUCAGUGUGGUUAGCUCCACCCACGGUGUCUUCAUACAUGUACUCGUUCUCGGCCGUCUCAUACAGCGAGCCAGAUCACCCAGUGGCAGGACACUUUCCGAGUUCGACCAUGGCAAACACGUCGCGUAUUGAUGUAUUCUCAGAGGAUCAAAACGGCUUCCCGGACUUUGAAAAGAACGUUGUUCCGGUGUCUAUGACUGCCACUCUCGAUCCCGGAGACAUGCUUUUCUUCCCGCCUGGUUGGUGGCACGCUAUGAGAAGUGAGACCACGAGCUUCUCGCUUUCUAUGUGGUUCUAG